AAAAAAAUAUAUCAAUCUUUUUGGGUUGUGCGGAAUGUUUGCGAACGCAUUCCAAAGUGGUUUUAUCACGGUUUUUUAUAGUAUCGGCUCUAGUCCAUUAAAUAUUUGGGACAAACAAGUAAAAAAUGGUCACAUCAGACGUGUAGUCGACGAUGAAGUCAAAUCUCUAGUUCUAGAAAUAUCAGGAACCAACGUUGCAACAACUUACAUAACAUGCCCGAUAAAACCAAGAGCCUCACUUGCGAUCAGAUUACCAUUUUUAGUAAUGAUCGUCAAAAACAUGAAGAAAUAUUUCAGUUUUGAGAUACAAAUCUUAGAUGAUAAGGAUAUGCAUCGAAGAUUUAGAGUGUCAAAUUUUCAGUCGACGACGAAAGUUCGUCCUUUUUGCACGACGAUGCCAAUUGGAUUAAGUUGUGGUUGGAAUCAAAUCCAAUUUAAUUUGGCCGAUUUCACUCGCCGAGCUUAUGGUACUCUUUACUUGGAAACGAUGCGCAUUCAAGUUCACGCAAACGUUCGCAUCCGAAGGAUAUAUUUCGCCGAUCGUCUUUAUAGCGAAGAUGAAAUGCCCUCUGAAUACAGAUUGUUCGUUCCGGUUGGUUCGAAGAAAGACGCGAAAGAUAAAGCCACCGAAAAAGCUUCAGAAGCAGCUAAAGAUAAACCUGCAGAUGCUCCUGCUGAACCAACAGCGGCUCCACCAAGCCCAGCUGAACCAGCAAGUGAAGAGGUACAAGUUCAAGCGCAAGAUUUAAGUGAAAAACCUGAAACGGCUACAACAGAACCACCUACAACCGAGGGAGACGGUGCAGCAGCUCCUGAACCUUCCGAAGCUGCACCUGAAGCUGCUCCAGCAGAGGGUGAAGCCCCAGCGGAAGCUCCAGCUGAGGGUGAAGCACCCGCAGAAGCUCCAGCAGAAGGAGAGGCUCCUGCGGAAGCUCCACCGGAAGGUGAAGCCCCAGCAGAAGCUCCAGCAGAGGGUGAAGCAGCUGCUUAAGGUGGAGAGUAGGUUUAUUUUAUAAUUCAAAAUGAUUUUUUUUGAAGUAAAUGAAAAUAUUAAAUAGUUUUGAAUAACAA